ACGGUGAAAUAUGAUCAGUUUUGUUUAGACUUUGUAUAGGCGGAAAAGGUCCAUACAAAUCCACAAGCCGCUUGUACUGUUUUACAAAUCGUUUGACAGAGACGAGAGAAAACAGACAGGUCGCGGACCAAGCGAUCCUGGAAGCGGAACUCGGUUUCCUUCGGCAGCAGUUUGUGUCCGGACUCGUUUGAAUGAUGCGUGAGCGAGACGUUCUUGCUGGUGAAAGAAUAGAGCGUGCAAGUGAAAGAAAUGAAAAACAAAAUAAUAAUCAUACAUAAAUAAAUAAAACACAAGCAAGAUAAAUACAUGUCACGUGAAUCUGGAAGUCGGGAGUCCGCACUGAAAUGAUUCCAUAAAGGAAACGAAUUAUUCGCUCUCCAGGAACGCUUUUAAAAACGAGAUUCACUUGCAAACGGAAAGCCGGGAGAUGGAGAGAGUGGGGGGCUCGGCUGAGGAAAGUGGGGACGUGGCGGAGACCGAGGGGUCCGGGGCAGGAGCAUCGGGGACCGAGGGAGACAUUCCCGGGAACUGGAUCCUGCAGCACCACAAGUACCGGGAGCUGAUGGCUCUGGAUGUGGGUGACACUGCCCAGGUGUACGCUGCCUUCCUCGUCUACCUGGACCUGCUUGAAGAGCGGCGCUGGCAGGAGGUCACCAGCAGGGGGAGUGCGGAGCUGCAGCUGGUUUACCUGGAGGGACGAGAGUCCGAGAGCCAGCCCCGCCAACUCAUCGUACCGCUGCCGGGUCAGAGGUCACUCAGCCACCAGGGUGUACGGUCGCUCCUCUCCCAGCCCGGCUCCGAUGGGGCCCCCUCUCCCUCCCUGCUCCUGGCUGCCGUGGCCCCCGACUCCACCCUGGCGUAUUACCGCUUCAGCCGCGGCUUUGUGGUGCCGGAGCCGCCAGACAGCAUCCAGGCCCUGGAGUGCGGGCGCGAGCGCAGGAAGAGGAGGCGUCUCUGAGGGGUUCAGCGCUGCACAGUGCCGGGGUGGAGCGGGGUACCCAGGCUUCCCAGCGCAAUCACUGGGACCCUUCCACACCCGACAGAGACCCCUCAGCUACUAGGACCCAGACCAGCACCCACAGGAAGAGGAGGCGUCUCUGAGGAGCUCCACACAGACCAGGCUUCCCAGCGCAAUCACUGGGACCCUUCCACACCCGACAGAGACCCCUCAGCUACUAGGACCCAGACCAGCACCCACAGGAAGAGGAGGCGUCUCUGAGGAGCUCCACACAGACCAGGCUUCCCAGCUCUGCACUCAUUAUUAUUGGAGAUCUGGCCACACAGGGUUCUGUAGAAACCAAAGGGUUCUAAGUGGAGUCAUUCUUGUUGUUUAUAAUGCAGACGCUUCACAAUUAGGCGUUCCUGUAAAUAAAGCAUCGCAUUGCUUUGUGCAGAUUCCAGUGGUGCUGUUCUGAGACUGCACUCCGUGCUGCAGCGAUGUCAAGCAGGGGGCGCUGUGUGUUUGUCAGGCUGACAGUAUUAAUCAGCCGUGUCUAAUGAAUCACAUCCAGUGACACAGCCCGGUGUCUGCAGGGUGACAGAGCCUGACUGGAGGAUAACUCUGAACCCAAUUCCACCUGCUGCUCUGCUUUCUGGAUGAGAGGCAGUGAUUCGUAAUAAAACGCAUGCAAAGAA